AAGAUUCCUUCAGGUAUAAUCCAGCCCAAGAUAUUAACAGCCCAGCUUCAUUUCUGUUUGAUUUGAUUGCCCAGAGGGCUGAGCCUGAGAAUGAAGUAGAAACUGAAAAUCAGAGAAGAAUAUAUUGCAAGUUGAAGUGAUAUUGUCCACCAUUGAUGCAAGUUGCUCCUUAGUCGACCAUUGAUGCUGGGCUAGUGUGAUUUGAUAAGAUCUAUUCUGCUGGAGUGAUCGUUGAUCAUUGAAUAUACAUGUCUGCUGGAGGGGCUAGCCAGCGGCAUCCUGGACACUGUUGUCGUGUUCACUUCCUUCUCGUUAAGAAUCAAUAGAAAAGCAGUCUUUUCGAAUAGAUCCAUCAGAUGGAAGUGUGCUUGUGCGUAUAAAGCACUUGUAAAAUUUUCAAUCUGGAUACAGUGAGAUUAGGCAGGUGGCAGUACAAGAAUCUUCCAAGUCUCACUUUCACCCCUUCAAGGCUUCAAUCAAAUCUAGUGUUUCUUACAACUAUCCUGCCGUGCUAAUGCUGUUUUCAUUUUUCAGAUUUCACUUUUCUUUUAAAGUGUUAAAAAGGAGUUGAUAGUCCUGCUCACAGUAAUGGCGAAGCGUGGAGCCAAAUUGAAGGCCGGGCUUGGACUUCAAAACUGCCGGGUGCCUGUUGCGGUUACGUGUCUGGUUGUGAUACUUGUAUUGUUAAUAUUGUUGUUUGGCAACAAUGGGAAAAGCCCUGAUUCUUCUUUUGGAUAUCCGAUAAAAAAGUGGAAUUCUUUUGACUCAGUGCAAUUUAACCCAACAAUAGAGCUGAGGAAUGGAACAGAUGUGAUAUGGCAAAUACCCAGUUUGCCAAAAGCAGUUCUCUUUGUGGCUCAUGGAUGCGAUGGCAGAGCUGCUAACUUCUGGGACAGGUCUUCAAGCUGCCCUAAUUGCAUUGGUUUGCCUGAGGAAAGGCUGCUUGUUCUCCAUGCUCUUGAUCGUAAAUUUGCCGUGAUCACAAUUUCAAGCGCAGGGAGAUGCUGGACAUUUGGGAAGGAAAGAUUAAUUGUUAAGAAUAUAAUACAAUGGUGGGCACAAACACAUAAUCUUGAAUCACUUCCUUUUGUAGCCUUGGGGGCCUCUUCUGGUGGAUACUUUGUCUCUGCACUCGCCACCAAUUUGAGGUUCAGUAGCAUAACACUUAUGAUUGCUGAAGGGAAGUUUGACCAAAUGGACAUCACUGUGAACUACCCACCUACUCUUUUUGUUCACAUGCCUAAAGACUCAUAUAGGCAGCAAAAGAUAAGUGAGUUUAUAGAAGUUCUGAAGAACAAGGGCAUUGAUGCAGCAGAGGUUGAAUGCAUGGAGUUUCCUUUGUCACCAAGUUUCUUAGCUGAUAGAAUCCCAGGAAUGAAUCAAACUGUUUCUGCUAAGUUGUUUGAGCUAUUUCAGGUUAAGAGUUUUGUUGAUGGGAACGGAUAUAUGAAGAAAGAUGGGCGUGCAAUGCGAUGGAAAGAAGCUCUCCGUGAAUGUAAGAACCUUGUGCUGGAUAAGAGUAUGGUCCAACACGUGCAGGAGGAACUCAAUCUUGCAUUUGCUUACCAUGAAAUGACUAGCCUGCAGUCUGAGCAAAUAUUUAAAUGGUUUGAAUCUCAUUUGAACUAAUCAACACUCUUUCUUGCAAGUCAGUUUCUUUUUUUCGACUUUGGAAGAGCGAAGAGCAUUGCCUUCACUAGGAAAUUCUCUCUUUGCCCAACAUACCAUUUAGAAUUUAGCUUCAUUUAGAUUUCGAA